CCGUUUGCACCUCUCCAAAUAAAUAGAUCACCCCAUCCUCUCCCCUUACCAUCGAAAUCCAAAACACUUUCUCAAACACCAAUCAAAUCCUUCAAAAGCAAAUAUGAAGCACCAAUUCAUCGUCCUCUCACUACUAUUCCUCAUCUACGCAACCCCAACCUCAGCUCAACCAGCAGCCUCCCCGGCACCCCCGCCAAGCUUGCCGACCCCGUCUCCUGUGUCCCCGCCACCAGACUCCCCUCCCCCGCCGGCCCCACCACCCGUCGCCCAAGCCAGCAUCUUGAAGAUCCUCGUGAAGUCGGGUGGCUUCACCGUCCUGGUCAAGCUCCUCCGCAGCACCCACGUGGCCGACCAGGUGGACUCACAGCUCGCAGACCUCAACGACGGCAUCACCUUCUUCGCACCAGUCGAUGCCGCCUUCUCGGCCCUCAAGGCCGGGACCCUCAACUCCCUCUCGGACGAGCAGCAGGUCCAGCUCCUGCAGUUCCACGUGGUGCCCACCUACCUAUCCAUGUCCCAGUUCCAGACGGUGAGCAACCCUCUCAUGACCAAGGCCGGAGGCACGGGCGGCAAGGAGUUCCCGCUCAACGUCACCUCGGUAGGCGACCGGGUCAGCGUCUUCACCGGGGUCAACAGAGCCUCGGUGACAAAGACGCUGUACACGGAUGGCAAGCUUGCUGUGUACCAGGUGGACAAGGUGCUCCUCCCCCUCAGCAUCUUCUCGGCGGGCAGCGACUUCGCGCAGGCCCCGGCUCCGCCGAGGAAGAAGCCAGUCGAGCUGGCCGUCUCGGGCUCGAGUGAAGUUGGGAAGGUGAAGACUGGGGACGUCGUACGCCUGGUCAUCGGCAUUGGGGUGGCGGGAGUUGUGGCUUCCCUCGGUUUGUGAUCCGAAAAUGGCGGUUCUGGUUUCUUUCAGUCAAUUGGCUUUAGCUCCUUUUGGUUCCCAGUGCACAACGUGUUGAUAUGGGUCAAGAGACAAUCUCUCUCUUGAAACUUUGAUUUCUUCUUCUUCUUCUUCUUCUUCUUCUUCUCCGUCUCUCCUUUUGUUUCGUCCUUCGGGGUAUUUGUGACAAUCGUUUUUCGAUUCGAAUGAAAUAAAUAUCUUGUCUUUAA